GUUUUUUUUCGCGAUAGUCGGGAAUCGCGUUCGCCUUAUCGGCGACUUCUCUACGCGGUGGGUGGAUUUCGUCGAACAUUGAGCACUCGACGUUCACCAUCGGCGUCUUUUUUUUACCGCCGGGUGGGUGGCCGAAGUUUUCUCUAGACGUUCACGAGAAUCGGAACACAGCUCGAAAUGAGGCGACAGGUGUGGCUGCUGCUUGCGGGCGUUCUGCAUUUUGGAUCAUGCGCGUCAGACCCGCCAGAGCUACCCAGCGACUUCAAGAUGAACGUGGUGCUCAGCGCGUGGUUCGACAAAAAUAUAUACUCCUGCACGAUUGCCUACAGCAGGUUCGGCGCUGGCCUUGGCAACCGCCUGUACGUCGCCAAAACGACAUCGGGGUACACGGACACCAAGACGUACGACUUCGACAAUGACCUCAUGAUCAUGACCAACGGACAAGCCAGAACCUGCAAGACAAUCAAGGGGAUCCCGGAGUCUGAGAAAUUGGAUCCCUUCUUCCCGGUGGCCUUCAAGAGUUCGGACGGCAAGAAGAUAUUCGAUGAACCUAAUUCUCUCAUCCGCUUUGUGGGCGACAAGAGGUCGAUGACAGAAUCCCCUAUUCAAGCGAACGAAUGGAAGACGGAGGUGACGGUAACAAUUGACAACCAGGUCAACCACUGCGGCUUGGUCAGCAUUUGGAGCGAGAACGGCACUGUAACUCCACUGUGCGACCGCAAGAACGAGAACCACGGCGCCUGCCCACCGGUGCCAAUGGACUCCAGGAUCGACUGCGAGGGCAAGGAGAUCAACUACCUGUUCUCGGACUACACGGAGUACCUGGACUACAGCAUUUUUGAGGAACCCGUAGGCUUCUUCUGCGAAGGGGCAAGCCGGACUCCGCUGCCCAAGUUGCCAACCUUGUUCAGUUUCUCCGCCGAAACUUGGACUGACGGCUAUCAAGAAGUCGAAAGGACACGGGUGUGGUACGACUACAACAGCCUUCUCGUGGCUCGUGAAAAGUACUCCCUGAGUGCCGACCAGCUGCGGGAGCGGACGGUCUACGACUACACGACUGGCAACAAGUACGUUGUCUUUCCCGACACCUACACCUGUUCCCGUGACGUUAUGGUCCAAGAGGAAGUCGCUUUCCCCUCCGACCAGUACGUGUUGUGGGGAAUGGACAAGACAAGCGUCUUCCAGAAAACCGGCAUGAGGCCCUGCCGCUCUUGGGACUGCGCUGUCUUCGCUGGAAGGAAUCCCGUCGACGGCCAGCCCGACAAGUCGCAAGUGACAAAUCUCUACUACGCCUACGGUGAAGACGACACGCAGGCGGCUUCCUUGCCCGUCUACAUGGAGCACUUCGACGAAACCCAGUCUGGAAGGCGGGUGCAGGCACGCCAGAUCUUCGAUUUCCGAAAAAACGAAUCCUCCCUCGCCGCCUUCGACAUCUCGGCGUGCUACAAGCCCUUCGAAACGAAACUACUCGCACUGCAGAUUGAAGACGUGGAAAUCGUUCUUGUUCACAUAUGGGGUUGCCGGUAG